AUUUUCAUGGAAAUGCUAGUUUUUACUGGGUUGCUCUUUGGUUCAAGUACAGUUGAAUGAUGGUAACAGUAAUUCAGAGUGGUAAACAUGAUUUCUAAGCGUAUAUUCUAUUUAGGUCAAGCAAUAUAGGAUAUUUUGACUAGGAAUUAGCUGUCACACUUCUAGGUGUCUGUAAUAUGGAGCUAUUUUCUCAUUUUAGUUUAGGGCGAGGGGUUUAUCGAAAUAUGGAACUGCAGUUGAUAUUAAAAGUGACUGAAGUCUUACAUUCUUACUUGAACUUGUUUGCACAUUAUUUCUCCAUUUGGCUGAACUAGUAAUUUUCUUGGUGGCAUAACCUUAAUAGAAUUACUCUAGAAUUACUAUCCUUGCUGUGUGUUAUCGUGCUAAUUCACAUCAAAACAUCAAGAUGAGGUUUUCAUACCUAUAAACAAAACCAGUUCGGUUAACCGGUUGAAAUCACAGAGAAUUUGAUGUUAUAUUAUAACUCACCAUGUGAGAUCACAUGUCCAUGUUUUGUUUCUCAAUUAAGGUUUUCUGCCUAUAGUUACUUCCCUUCUCUUUUGAGUUAAUCAUGUAACUAGUAGUACUAAAUAAUUAGCACACAAGUGAUAUUCUGUUUUUGUAUGUGUGAAUUUCUGCGAUUUUACAUAUGAGUUCACGCUGUUAGAUGAUAGAUGAGGUUUCACACCUGAAGUAAAAAAUAUCUUACGGCAUAAGAAAAUUGUGCUUGCACCUUCUAUGACCACAUUGAUGCUGCUUUUCUUAAGAUCAUAUACUAGAUUUUUAAUGUAAUGUAAGAACCCUGAGCUGAACUAAUAUCUGCAAUAUUGAUCUAAGGAAAUAAUUUACGAGAUUUUGAAAUGAAAUACCAAGAGUUAAAAGUCAGGUUAGCAAUUCACGAAGAACCUCACCACACUUACCUUCCUUACUUUGGUCACAGGUCAGUUGCGUUGCAGAAGUUGAUUCCUAAAAAUAUUAACACCAAAACACUUGCAAGAAAUAAGUUCAGAAACUAGGGAACUUCAAACAGUGAUCAGCAGAAUUUACAUCAAUUUUUAGUUUGCUCUUGAAUGAAAUAAGUUCAGAAACUGGGGAACUUCUGACAUAAUGAGGUGUUUCAGUGGAAGUGUAGAGUGAGAUUAUGUCUUAGCUAGGCAUUGGUGAUUUUUACCAUUUUAUAUCAACUACUUUGAGAAAACGUUUAUACUCCAUUUGUCCCUUAAAGAAGUUAAGUCGUUCUGUUUGUCCAGUCUCUUGUUAUGAUGCAAAAUUGAUGUACCGGUUUUUAAGUCCAAACCAGCAGAUGAGUUUACCUGAACCGGUAUUCCACAUACCCAAAUUCAUAUAAAUGAUGAUCUAUAUCCACUGGGUUUUUAUCUCUGCAAGAAAAAGUAUGAUCAGCUUACAAACUUAUUAGAUGUUGUGAUUUCUUUUUUAAUUUUCAUGCUUCAGGUAUAAAACAAACUAUGUUUGGUAUUUUACCAAUAUAUGCUGGUGAAACCUUGGAAGAUUCAUUGUACACCAAUUCUAGGGUUUACGUGCAGCUGUACUCCCCUAGGAAGGCAUCCGUUGAUGUCGCGGAAGUCUCUCUAUGGCUCAUGGCCGGCUGUUGGUACUAUUUUAUGCUCGUCUUAUUGGUCUUUGUUAAAUGCAAGGGUGGCAGCUAUUGAACAUGAAAAGCUGUUAAAGGAUAGGUCAGAAGAGGUUGAAGUUCUGAAGGAAUUGGUUCAUCUGGUUUUGUAGAUAUUAGUACCAGAUCAGCAUUUCUUUUCAUUGUGAUUGCUUCAUGCUUUUUUGGUUAUGUUGUACAAACCUAUUAAACUAUUUAUAAUGUUUUUAUUAUAAUUUUUUGUCAAAAUAAUAGGAUUGUCCGGGGA